AUGCAAAGCAAUUCUCAUUUAGGAGUAGCUCCUCAUCAUAAUGAAAAUCAUGGACAUCUCGAUGCUCAUAACCCUGCUAAGCAUACAAUCAAGGUGUUUAAUAAUCACAAUUCCUAGCAUAAGAUAGAACUUGUCAGCAGCUUCUCCAUUACCAAGAAGCAUGAUAUCGAGAUCUUUGGCUGUGCAUUUGAUGUGAAAGAUGAAAAUAUUGCCAUUGCUUGUGGAGAUGGAACUAUUAGAAUAUUUGAUUAAAAGAAAGAGCAUUCACAUGAUCCAAUAACUAUCAAAACUCAUCAAUACACAAGUUUGAUGUCAAUAGAUCCUCCUUUAACUUGCUUGAAAUGGAGAAAGCGUAAAGAUCCUUUAGCAUCAGUAGAUACCUACUAAGUUGGAGUAGGCAAUGAAGUGAUUGCUGAUGAUCCAAAAGCUCCAAACAAUAUCCUGUGUGUGUCUGCAGAUGGAUGCAUGAAAGAAGUGAGCCUGUAGUCUCACAAAUAGGUAUUUGAGAGAACAGAUGAUUAAGCAAAUUAGCUAUAUGCCCUAGACAUAGAUAAUAAAGGAUAUCAUUUCGCUACAGCUGGUUUAGAUACUCAGAUUAGAGUUUAUGAUGAGCACACUAAGAAACUAGUUGCAAAGAUGCAUAGCACAUAGAGUAUCAGUGGUCACAGCAACAGAGUACAGUGUUUAAAGUUUAGUCCAUAUAAGGAGGAAAUGCUGUUUAGUGGAGGAUGGGACAAUGACGUUUUUAUGUAUGAUCUGAGAUAGAAAGAACCAGUUCUUGGCUUCAAUGGACCUUAAAUUAAUGGAGAGGCUAUCGAUAUUCAUCACGGAGGGCUACUGUUAACUGGCUCAUACACUCCUAAUAAUUGCCUAUAACUUUGGGAUCUGAGGAAGCAUACUGAACCUGCAAGAACGAUUGACUGGGAUGGCGGUGACAAGGACUCAUCAGGUAACUGGAUCAAUAAUUUUGAGGAGUAUUCUCAAAACUCAACAUCUUUAGGCGAAGCAAAUGCCUUCCUCUAUGCUGCCAAGUUCAAUAUCGAAGGUAAUCUAAUUUUCGCUUGCGGUGGGUCUGGCAAGAAUGAGUUGAGAGUAUUUAAUUUUGCAGAUGGACAACUAGUUGGAUGUAUGCAUAACUUCGAAGCCCCACUAUUCUCUCUAGAUGUAAGUAAGUAACAAGGUACUAAUAAAGCUGCUUUUGGAUCAGCUGAUUCUUUCCUAAGAGUGAUUCAUGUAGCAUAGAACAAAACUUAGUGA